AUGGUAGAAGCCAUCAACGUGUUGGACCUCGUUUCCCAAGCAGUUAGUCAAGGUUCGAUCGCCGAAUUAAAUCAAAUACGAAAGCGCAACAAUUGGAUAGCGAUACCUAUUCGUUAUGUAACCCAGCCUCUGGGCCAGCAGGGCGAAACGGCCCUGCAGUCGAGUGUCAGAAACGGACACUACGACGUCGUCGAGUUCCUAGUCGGCGAAUUGAAAUAUCAAAUUUAUCCCGAAUGGGCGAAAUCGAUCGACAAAGUCCCGUCUUAUUUCACCUGGACGAAUUUGAAUUUCAACAAAGUUCUUCCACCGCUCGUUGUCCAGUCACCCGAGAUGGAAGUUAUCCGCGAUAUCGCCAACCAAAUUCCAAUCGUCAAAGUCAUUGAAUAUCUGAUCGAUCCGGCCAGCGACGAGCCCUGUCAGUGGCUGGAAUUUGUAUUGAAUUCGAUCGUGGCCAGUUCGGCCAGCCGGACGGACAAGAUCGUCGCCUUCGAACUGAUGGGCGUCGCCUUCGUCUUCAAACCGAGAAACGGCGUCUGGAGGGGAGUCCAGUGCUGGGAACAGGCCAUGGCCCUUCGCUACUCGACAGUCGGUGAUCAAUCGGCGAUCCCGAUCAUUCCCGAUCUAGCGGCCAGCUCUUUAUUUGUCGACCGCAAGAAGCUCAUCGCUUCGCCAACAUCUCUCCAGAAAUUCAAAGGCGAAUGGCGACUCGGCUACAACCUGCUGGAAGCUCAAACUCAAGCCUUGGCCGUCAGCCAGAGGAUCGUCAAUCAAUGCGGCCAGCAGCAGCGGACGGGUAUUCCUUAUUCGUUCCACCUGGAACAUUUGAUGCGCUACGCUUAUCGCUGCUACAUCCACGAGAAUCAAUUGAAUUGCUCGUUGAACAUUGCGAUGAUGAUCCUCAAACAAACGGACGAUUUCAGAUCAGGAUCGUCACUUAAAUGUAUCAGGAUUUUCGCCGAGACUCUGGACCUGCUGUUGGAAUGUCUGAAGCACCAAAAGUUGAAAAUAAAAAAAGGAGUUGAAGAUUUAUCGUUCGCUAAUCUCUUGGUGGUCGUCAAAUUCGGAUUGGCCAUUUUGCUGAAUGUCAUGCUGUUGUCGCCCGUCGUCCGACCGACCGUCGAUCGGUGGCAGUUCAACGUCAUGGAUCAAAUCCACCGUUUGAUUUUAGAGCAUCUUGGACGCUGUCGUAAUAAUCCAGCGGAAAUCCAACAGCUGAAAGAUUGUCUCUCGCCGUAUUUCCGCGCCAAUAAUUUGAAAAGGUUCACCAGUCUUCUUCACCUGGCCAUCAGCCAAGGGACGGACGGCCGUCAAAUCUUGCCCAUCAUCCAGCUGUUCCUAGAAGCCGGAGCCGAUCCAACCGGAAUCGACACCAACGGCGAAACUCCGUUGCAUCUUUUAUCCGAAAAUCAGGAUUGCUUUCAAUCCGAUCCGGAAUCGUAUGAGCAAGUGUUUCAGGCUUUGCUGGAUGCCGGAUGUUGUCUGGGCCAAUCGAUUCCGGCGGGUAAAACAUUUCUGAGCAUUUUAAACGGCCAGAAAUCUAAAUGCGUAUCGAAAUUCCGUUUCCAUCAUUAUCUGGAUCCGCUGGUCAAUGUCGUCUUACCACUGGCCUGCGUUUGCGCCAAAGUCAUCCGCCACAAGCAAAUUUUAUUCGAAGGCCGACUUCCGCCGCGGCUGCAAUCGUUUGUUAGCCGUCACAGCGCUAUGGAAGGUGAUAUUGUUAUAAACACGGGGUAA